AUGGGGGCAAUGGUUGGGAAUAGGGGAAUGGGGGCAAUGGUUGGGAAUAGGGGAAUGGGGGCAAUGGUUGGGAAUAGGGGAAUGGGGGCAAUGGUUGGGAAUAGGGGAAUGGGGGCAAUGGUUGGGAAUAGGGGAAUGGGGGCAAUGGUUGGGAAUAGGGGAAUGGGGGCAAUGGUUGGGAAUAGGGGAAUGGGGGCAAUGGUUGGGAAUAGGGGAAUGGGGGCAAUGGUUGGGAAUAGGGGAAUGGGGGCAAUGGUUGGGAAUAGGGGAAUGGGGGCAAUGGUUGGGAAUAGGGGAAUGGGGGCAAUGGUUGGGAAUAGGGGAAUGGGGGCAAUGGUUGGGAAUAGGGGAAUGGGGGCAAUGGUUGGGAAUAGGGGAAUGGGGGCAAUGGUUGGGAAUAGGGGAAUGGGGGCAAUGGUUGGGAAUAGGGGAAUGGGGGCAAUGGUUGGGAAUAGGGGAAUGGGGGCAAUGGUUGGGAAUAGGGGAAUGGGGGCAAUGGUUGGGAAUAGGGGAAUGGGGGCAAUGGUUGGGAAUAGGGGAAUGGGGGCAAUGGCUGAGAACAAGGGAAUGGGGGCAAUGGCUGAGAACAAGGGAAUGGGGGCAAUGAUUGGGAACAGGGGAAUGGAGGCAAUGGUUGGGAACAUGGGAAUAGGAGAAUGGAGGCAAUAA